AACUGGAGAAGUUUAUGAAGGCGACAACGUUUAAGAAGAAGACAACGGUUUGAAACUGUAUACAAUUAACGAGCGGCGACAGCAACUGAUUUGUUUGUUAAAAAACAGAUUCUGCACAGUAGAUUCGUGAUCCGACGCAAAUGAGGCACUGGACGACUUGGUUAAGGUACAACGCGAAGCUUGAAGAUCGCUACUUUGCCGGGCAACUUAUCAAAGCUUGAUGGUAGACAUUGGUCUAAUAUUGUUUGUGUGCUACAAUUUUAUCCAAUGCCUGACGGUUUUUGAAUUGUAUUCUUUUGUGCGUCGAUUCAUAUCCAAGCCUAGACAGAAACCCCGGGAGCCUUCAUAUGUGGAUCUUACAUACUUUUCGUUGUCAGCAAGUGUUAACGAAAUUUUGUAUGAAGUGCACGGCACCAGCCAUGUACUGAUAAAAGGUGUAAAGCACUUCUCAUCCUGAUUGUAAUGGGAAAUCU